AUGAUCAUCUCAGGCGAUAUACCACCUUCCCCUGCAAAGAGCAACAGGGCUCUAUCGAAUCCUCAAUCGCCACUUGAUUCACCACCACCACCCGCUUAUGGUGCCACAGCUGGCCGCACACUACCUUCACAGCCGCAGCAGUAUCAGCCAUAUACUGGAAGCUCAAGCUCAUCACGUCCAAAUGGGCCACGAAGUAUAUCGAGUCUCCCUACAGACGUAGAAGCAAACGAAUCCAUAAGGAGAGAAUCUCCUGGACAGCGGUUCUGUAAAGCAUUUGCUGUAGCGCUCCUUAUCUAUGUGCUCGCGGCGAUCUUCUUUGGGUCAUUUUCAACGAGAUAUCAGACGAGUAAGGGUUGGCACAGUGACUUUUCGAUACCAAAUAACAUCGCGGUCAUUUCGUGUGCCAAAGGCUCUGAGAUGCAAAACAGUAGUCUUGGAUGGGUUUCAUCUUAUAGUUCCGAAUUCACCCUUGAUACCUUCACUCCGCCUCAAGAGUUUUCGGCUAAACCAUCCUCAUUACUUCCAUCCUCAAACAAAUUCAACUACGGAACCGUCCAAACCUCUCUGUCCCUCCCCCUAACCUCCGAAACCCUUUUUCUUUUAUCUCGCGGCCGGUCAUCCACGGGGGGGCUACGCAUUGAGCCUUCUUCUGACCUAGAGGAAGGCAUGGCCAGGGUUGAUGUCAAGAUCACGUAUACGGAUUUUGCCAACUACGGAGAUUCCAACGAUUUUUUGAGCCAAACUGCAGUCUGUUUAAUUCAAAGGAAGCCAGGGAAGCGGAAACACCUUGGUGUCGGGCUGUUCUCCUUGCGAGAUUGGCCUACCUCUUCAUAUCGCCGCUCUCAAUUGUCCUAUGAUGUGACUCUGGUACUCCCCGAAUCUCGCGGACCUUCUAUUCUCCGUCUUAACGCAUUCGAGACCGAUCUUCCUAAUUUCCAUCACCUCUUUUCCCAGCCGUUGGAUGAGUUUGUCACUUUCGGGAAUCUGCUGCUCAAAGCUGGGAAUGGGAUUAUCAAUGCAGUUUCGCUGACAGCAGAUAACGCCACGAUACAUACCUCAAAUCGCGAAAUCAACGUUAAAUCCCUAACAUCGAACUUCGCCUCUCUUUACACUAUCAACUCAGAAAUACGAGGACAUUUUACCACCUCACACUCCCUAGAAAUCAAAGCAAGGAAUACAAAAGUGAAAGCGGAUAUCGAGAUAUUACCCCAAUACUCGACUGGUGGCGGGCACGUUGUUGUACAAACAACGAACAAGGCUCUAGAAGCAACUAUCAAUGUCCAUAGACCAUCCCAUUCAUCGACGUUUUCACAAUCUUCAUCGGGCCUUUUCAUAUCUACUACCAACAACAACGGCAUUGUUGACGUUUCUGUUCCCUCGCUACCUUCAGACUCCGCGUUGAACCUGACAGCGUCCACAACCAACGGACGAGUGACAGUUACAUUACCUGCAACAUAUGAAGGGACAUAUGCCCUGUCAAGUACGAACAUCUUUGGGGAGGUGCAUAAUGAACAUACUGAAGACCCAGCAGGGCUAGGGAGGAAGAGGGUGUUCGGAUCUGGCCCGACCAAGGGCGUGAUAAUUCGUAAUUCGGUUUAUUGGGAUGAGAGGAAUAAGGAGAAAUGUGUCGUCGUUCUCAAAAGCAUCAACGGACAAGCAGAGCUGUUCUUGUGA